AAGGCCAGCUACUCGGAUCCUACGAGCAACAUAAUCAAUCAUCAAAACAAAAGCAUAGCUGUACGGAGAUCAGCGCUCGGAGGGCGAGCCGAAGGGAGAACCAAGCGGGCAGUCUUGACGAUUGUUGUUGUUUUUGUUGUCAGCACAAUGGCGACGAGCGGAGAGGCCCCAGAACCUUGGUAUCUAGCCUUACUCGGCUUUGCAGAACAUUUCCGAACAUCAAGCCCACCCAAGAUCCGCUUAUGUGUUCAUUGUUUGCAAGCGGUGUUUCAGUUCAAGCCACCGCAAAGGGUGGAGGCCCGAACGCAUCUUCAACUGGGUUCGGUUCUAUAUCACCACACCAAAAACACCGAACUGGCCCGCAGCCACUUGGAGAAAGCGUGGUUCAUUUCACAACAAAUUCCCCAGUUCGAAGAUGUCAAAUUUGAGGCUGCCAGUCUCCUAUCAGAGCUCUACUGCCAACAGAACCUGGUGGAUUCAGCCAAGCCCUUGUUAAGGAAAGCUAUCCAGAUCUCCCAGCAGACUCCUUACUGGCACUGUCGACUGCUGUUCCAACUGGCGCAACUCCACACCCUGGAGAAGGACCUGGUGUCAGCCUGCGACCUCCUGGGGGUCGGGGCGGAGUAUGCGCGCGUGGUGGGCUCCGAGUACACCAGAGCCCUGUUUCUGUUGAGUAAAGGGAUGCUGCUCCUGAUGGAGAGGAAGCUGGGCGAGGUGCACCCUCUGCUGACGCUGUGCGGGACCAUCGUGGAGACGUGGCAGGGGAACCCCAUCCAGAAGGAGUCCCUCAGGGUGUUCUUCCUGGUGCUGCAGGUCACACACUACCUGGACGCAGGGCAGGUGAAGAGUGUGAAACCGUGUCUGAAACAGCUGCAGCAGUGCAUCCAGACCAUCUCCACACUCCAUGACGACGAGAUCCUGCCUAGCAACCCGGCCGACCUCUUCCAUUGGCUGCCCAAGGAGCACAUGUGUGUGCUCGUCUACUUGGAGGCUGACCACUCACCAGGACGCUGGGCCUUCAUCGUGACCAACCUGGCCAGCGUCUACAUCAGGGAGGGCACCAGGCAACAGGAGCUCUACAGCCUUCUGGAGAGGAUCAACCCAGACCAUAACUUCCCAGUCAGCUCUCACUGCCUGCGUGCUGCAGCCUUCUACAUCCGGGGGCUCUUCUCCUUCUUCCAGGGACGCUACAACGAGGCCAAGAGGUUCCUGAGGGAGACUCUGAAGAUGUCCAACGCUGAGGAUCUGAACCGUCUGACGGCCUGCUCACUCGUGCUGCUGGGACACAUCUUCUUUGUGCUGGGGAACCACCGGGAGAGCAGCAACAUGGUGGUUCCUGCCAUGCAACUGGCCAGCAAGAUCCCUGACAUGUCUGUGCAGCUGUGGUCCUCUGCUCUGCUCAAGGACCUGAACAAGACGUGUGGGAACAGUAUAGAUGCUCACGAGGCGGCUCAGAUGCACCAGACCUUCUCCCAGCAGCUCCUGCAGGACCACAUCGCCGCCUGCAGCCUCCCCGAACACAACCUCAUCAGCUGGACGGAGGGCCCUCCCCCAGGUCAGUUCCAGGCCCAGAACGGACCCACUACCAGCCUGGCCAGCCUGCUCUGAGGAGGGAGGGAGGGAGGGAGG